AACAAAAUCAUUCGUAUGAUUGAAUGGUGAACUGAAUUACAUUUCAUUUCGGAGAUUUUCAAUAAUUUUUUUUUCGUACAAAACGCAUUCACCAUGAUAUUCGCAAAGAAUUUUUUCAUUAAAUUCAUUUUGUUGAUUGGAUUUUUUUCUUUACCGCAUCAAUGUCAAUUCAAUAUUCCAAGCGAUAACGACGAUCAAAAAUUAUUGCAAUCGAAUCGCAAUGUUUCGACGACAGCGUCGAUGUUUACCAAUUAUUGGAAACCAAUAUCGACAACGACAACAACAAUAACGCCGAGCACCACUCCAACUUUGAGUUCAUCAGCGAUUUUUCGCAGUUCGAUACUAUCGAUGACAACAUCAACAACACCAUCGCCAUUUUCCUCAUCAUCAUUAUCGACGACAACAUUUUUGACAUCUCCACAUCAUGAUGAUACAUUUAGCAGAUUGAUUGAACAAUCAAUUGCCAAAACAUAUCGAUCAUUUGAAAAAAGAUAUCGAAAUUGUCCAUCACUACGAAAUUCAUUGAAAAAUGGUUAUGUAAAAUUACGGUCAUAUCCGAACCGUGUAGCCAGGUUUACCUGUAAUAAAGGAUUCGAUUUGAUUGGUAAUCGUUAUUCAACUUGUAGCCGUAAUCGUUGGACACAUGAUUUACCUGUUUGUGUUUCAACAAAUUGUCCAAAUAAAUUAAAUGUCCAACCACCAUUAUCAUUACGGAAAAUAUCGAAUCAUUCAAGUGUUGUUGAUCUUCAUUGUCAACUUGGUUAUCGUUUACAAUUAACUAAUAAAAAAAUUAAUGGAAAGAAAAUUAAUUUUUUCGAUUCAAUUGAUCAUGGUAGUAGUUCUUCUUUAUCGUAUCCAACAUUAUCAUCAUCAUCGAUACGAGCUUAUUGUAUUGGUAAACAAUGGUUUAUUGAUGAUCCAGAUCAACCGGAUCAUUCUUUCACUACAACAAUGAUACCAUUAGAUCAGUGGCCAACAUGUGAAAUUUAUGAAAAACCUAUGGAAAAAUCAAUGAAUUGUACAUUUGAAAAUCAAUAUGGAUCGAUUUGUGGAUGGAUGCAAGAUAAUGAAGAUGAUUUUGAUUGGACAAGGAAUUUUCUUCAAACACCAUCACAUUAUGAUGAAACUGGUCCUUCAUUUGAUCAUACAUUCGGUGAAAAUGGUACCGGAAACUAUCUUUACUUGGAAAGUUCAUAUCCACGCUCACCAAAUGAAGUGGCAAGACUUUAUUCGCCUGUAUUUCAACAUGUUGAAAAUAGCAGUGUUGCCUGUUUUCAAUUUUAUUAUCAUAUGUAUGGUAAAGCUUGUGGAACAUUACGUAUGUUUGUGAAGGAAAAAAAUCAACAACUUUCCCAAUUGGAACCUGUUUGGGAAAUGUCCGGUGAUCAAGGUGAUCAAUGGCUAGCCGGACAAAUUGAAAUUCAACCGGCAAAUUCAUCAAUGUUGCUACAACCAUUUCAAAUUAUUAUCGAAGGCAUUCUUGGUAAUGGACAUCAAGGUGAUAUUGCUAUCGAUGAUUUGCAAUUAACAUUGGCUAAAUCAUGUUCAUCGUUAACCAAUUCAACUUUGGAUGUUGAUAUUAUCAAUGAACCAUCAUCCAUCGCUGAUCUUGAUCCAACUGAUUCACCACCUUUGAAUUCAAUUAACUCAUCAUCAUCAACAUCAAAAUUACCCGAACCAUCAAAAUGGUAUGGUUAUCCAAUUAUCGAUGAUAAUAAUGGCGACGAUGAUGACAUUACGGAUUCUCAACCACAAUCCAAUGAUCAAUCAUUACAUAAUGAAAUUAUUCGUUCAAUUGUACAUCUGAAACCAAUCAUGACGACAACAACAACAACAAUGGCAACGACGACCAAAUCGACAUCAACGACAAUGACUAAACCAUCAUCAACAACAACCACCAUUCUUCAAACAAUGCCAACAACAUCGACAACGACUAUUUCGACAAAUACUGAUCUAAAAUCACCAUCAUCAUCAUCAAUAUCGACUACGUUGAAAUCGGUGGUCACCACCGAAUCAUCGUCGGCAUCAAAUGAAUCAUCGAUAGAGGCAAAAGCCAGGAUCAAUAUGGAAGAUGAUAAUAAAAAACAUCGUUUCGGUGCACAUUGGUCAUUGAUUUGGAUUAGCAUUAUUGGUUUGCUGUUGUUGAUAAUGGCAAUAGUUUAUAUUGGAUAUAUGAAUCUACCAUUGAAAUCAUCAUCAUCAACUUAUAGAUUUGCAGCCAUAUUUAUAAAUCGUUGUAAAUUGUUUCAAUCAACGCAUAAUAAUGAUAAUGGAAAUAGCAACAACAAUCAUUAUCAAAUGAAUGAUGAUUCGGAAUUAUUAAUGGUGAAUGAUAAUGAUAAUAAUCAACAACAAUUUAAUCAUCUGAAUCAUUCAUUUGAUGAUAAUCACUGUGUUUAUUUGCAACCAACAUCAUAUUGAUCUAUUUUUUGUUUGUUUUUUUAAUUAUUAUUUGUUCAAAUCUAAUAUAAAGAUAAGAAAGAAUUAUUCAAUUAAAUUCACCAAUUCCCAUC